AUGUCCUCCUCACCCAAAACCCCCCACCACACCACCCUCCCCAUAACAACGCACCACUGCCGCUUCUGCACGAACCUUGUCCUCGCAAGCACACGGAAAAUUGAGUCCCUCCCACGGAGACGAAGCUCAGACGCGCAGAUCCUACCCCUCCGCAUGAACCCUCUCUUCGAUAAUCCCGAGAAACCAGACACGAGUGCGAUGGAAGAACAAGGAGGAGAAGGAGAGGGAGCAAAAGGUGCCGGGAAUGCUGUCAAACACUACACGAUUCUACUCUCGACGACGAUCCGCGAUCGGAAACCGAGUAUUCUUCGGUGCAAGGACGGGUUUGAGAAGAGGUAUCUUUUCCGCUGUGGGCGAUGUCGGCUUGUCAUGGGGUAUUUCCUCGAUGAGGUGCAUUUUCCCGAGAAGGGCGGUUUGUUGAGUGAGAGUGAAGAAGGAAAGGAGGUGGGGGAGGACCGGGCUGUAUAUCUGCUUCCUGGGGCGUUGACGGAGACGGAGAUUAUGAGUGACGAGGAGAAGCUCCAGGCUGUGGAUCGGGAGUGGAGUGCAUGGUUUCGGGACUGA